AUCUUGAAGCAUUGAAUGCAGUCACUUGGAGUAAAGCAAAGGCUCCCUGGUUGCUGAGCUGUUGGUGAUAUUCAGCAAACGGUGUCCUCCCAGUUUUGAAGAGGGGCUAGAUUGUUGGGGGAUGGGGUCUGAUGCUGCAGCAGACUGCAGUGUGCCAGGGAGACGGGACCGCCAGUAUUCCUGAAGCAGAAGCUGGACUCUGUGAUCCUGGCUGGGCAGAGAGGGGUAGCAGCAGCAGGAGGACGUUCUCUGAGGAAGGGAACAGUAUUUAUCAGGAGCUGCAUGGCCAUCAGACAUUUGCGAUCGGUUAUGAAACGGAUCUGUCUCUGUGCUGCCUCUCUGGCCAGGACUGGAGUAAAUAUGAUGAGAAGCUGUUACAAGCUGUGGACAGCAGUGACCCUGAGAAAGUGGCUUCUCUCCUCAACAAACGGACUCUUCUCACGACAAAGCUGGAUACUGAGGGACGAUCAGCGUACCACCUGGCAGCAAUGAAGGGCUACGUGGACUGUCUGGAGGUCAUCCUGGCACAUGGAGUGGACAUCAAUGCCCUAGAUGGCUCAGGGUUGAAUGCAUUACAUUUGGCAGCAAAAUAUGGCAACCAUCAGUGUGUGAGGAGACUUCUUCAGGAAAAUUGCCCAGUUAAUGCAGUGGACACUUAUGGGAGGAUUGCAUUACAUCAUGCAGCCACAAGUGGGAGCUUUUCCUGUGUUCGGACACUCUGUGAUUUCAAGUCCCCUUUAAAUGUCCAUGAUGAUGAUGGCUGUACUCCACUGAUCCUGGCUGCACAGAUGAGCAACUAUGAGAUGUGCAGGUGCCUGAUUGUCAGAGGAGGAGAUGUGAACAGCAGGGACAAACAGGGACGAACAGCCUUGAUGCUGGCUUGUGAAAAUGACAGCGUGGAGACAGUGGAUGUGCUUGUCCGGAGUGGAGCUAAUGUCAGCCUUCUGGAUGCUUUGGGUCAUGAUGCCAGACACUACAGUAUGGUGACUGGAAAUACAGACAUUCUGCAGCUCCUUCACAUGGCCACUCACGGAAGCUUCUGGAACAGUGAACCCGAAUUAAGGAGGAGACACCAGCAGGUUUUGGUAAAAGAGAAAACUACAAGCCCCCGAAAGAGGCAAGCUCCCUUGCCACCUGGCACCCCCUCUACCCAGAGCCCCUCUCAAUCCUGUGAAUUUCUCUCCACUGGUGAAUCGACAAGCCCAUCUUACUCUUCUACAGAAACACUCACACCAAAGGAUGAUCAGAGACUGAGUGGGGAGAUCGAACUGCUUCAACAUGAGCGGCAACAUCUACUGCAGACCAUUAGCAAUCUGGAGCAGCUGGUGGACAGGUGCCAGCGGGAGAAAGUGCUGAUUGCAAAAGAUUGUGGAAUCCAGAAACUCGAGAAUCAGAUCCAGGAGCUCACAAGCAAACUAACUGCGAAAGAGAAAGAUCAUCAAGAAGUAAUCAAGCAGGUUGAAAUCCUACAGGGCAAACUGUCUUUAUAUGAGGAAAAACAUCAAGAAGACAGUGAGAGAGAACUCAUGGUUGAGGAAGAGAUGCUGAGUAGUUUCCCAGGGAUUGAAAAGUUAUUUUUGAAAAAGGGUAUGAACGUUUCUAGUGAGGAGGGUCUUGUGUCACUGCAGAGUCAAUUGGAGACAGUGACCAGUGAAAACCAAGAGCUGCAAGGGAGAUUGCAGGAGAUAGAAUCUUUGCAGAAAGGAGAAAAUGAAGGGGAAUCAUCAGGAAGCCUGGAUUUUAUCCCUGUUUAUCUGUAUGAUUCCUUGCAAAUGGAAUUUGAGAAACUGAAGGAACAGUAUGAACAAGCCCAGGCUACAAUCAGGGCUGAGGUUGUCUCACCCUCUUCUGACAAACUAAUCUCAGUGGAAGCAUAUGAACAACUAAAGGUGGAACAUGAGCAAGAAGUUCAAAGGUUACAGGCAGAUCUUGAUGGGCUCAAGGCCAACUCCUCCUUAAAGGGAGGAGAUCCAUCCAUAAGUGGGGACUCAGAGGAGAAAGACAUGGCAGAACAAGAUGUUCAGGAACUCAUUAAAAGACUGAAGGAGACCCAGGACAAAUAUGUGGCAGCUGUGACUGAGAUUCAACAACUGGAAGAGCAGAUCCAAUUCGGAAUUCUUUCUGUGAAAGAAAAUGAAGCCGAGGGCAACACAGAGACAUUAAAAACAAUCCCUGGAAAUGAGCUCGAGAGUGUUGAGAUGGAGCUGCAGCAAGCAGGUAAAGCUGAAGGGGAAGAAGAAAAGAAAGUGAGAGCACUGGAGAAAAAGGUGAAUGAAAUGGAGAAGCUUCUGUCUCAAAGUAUCCCUUUUGAGGAAUACAAUGAAAUGCAGACGUCACUAAACGCCUCGCUUCAACAAAUUUCCAAAGAGAAUUCCCUGCUGCUAGAAAGAUGCACCAAGGCAGAAGACGAACUUGAGGAUCUGAAGAGAAGCCAUGAUGGGUCCACCAAAGAUGGAAUUAGACCUUCCAAUGAAGUCAAUGAACAACUUGAAGAACUGAGCAAAAUCCACAGUGAAUUGCAGGAAAAGUGCAGAGACCUUCAAGUCAAAUACAACAAGAAAGUUGAAGAGCUCGAGUCCACACAAUCCUUGUACAUCCCAAAGCAGGAGCAUGAAGAGGUGAAGGAUAAGUUGAGUAAAUCCCUCAACGAAGCCAACAAACAGUUCUCUGAUUUAAAGCAAAGGCACGAUGCAAUCCAAAAAGAGAUCACAAGGCUACAAGAUGAGGUAGAACGUCAGAGGAUGAGCUCUGUAACAUUGGAUGACCAUGUGAAAAUGAAGGAAUCACUUGAGAAGUCUGUGCAGGAUACCAAAGGAAUGUUGAUCAAUGUGCAGAAUGAAUUGGCCAUGAAGGAAAAGGAGAUUUCCCAGCAACAGGAAGAAAUGGCGGCAAUGAGAGGCCAAACCAUUCUAAAAGAAGAGCACGAAAAGAUCAGCACCUCUCUGAAGGCAGAGGUAAAUUCUUUAAUCAUUAAAUUAAACGAUCUGACCAAAAAGCAUGAGAAGACCUGCACUGAGGUAUUCCGAGUACAGAGGGAGGCACUCUUCAUGAAGAGUGAGAAACAGGAUAUAGAGGAACAGCUGGCCGCUUUACAGAAACAGUACAACAAAUUAAAGACUGAGUCAACAAAGAUCAUUGAAUUGCACAAACAAAUUGAGGACUCUGCUGUCCUUGUGAAGGAGAAGAACAGGAAGAUAACUGAACUAUCCAAAGAGGUGUUCAAACUGAAGGAGGCUUUGAACAGUCUGUCGGAGCAGGCUAAUGCUGCAGCACUACCUCCCAAAGCAAAACCCACACCCCACCAACAACACACGGAGGCUACACAAAGGCAGAUCAGAUUGUUACAGCAGCAGCUAGCACAAGCAGAGAGCAACCAUAGAGCCAUCGUGACUAUUUACCGAUCACAUCUUCUCUGCGCUGUUCAGGGUCAAAUCGAUGAAGAUGUCCAAGACAUCUUAUUACAGAUCUUAAAAAUGCACAAACCUCACAAACAGACCAGCUUUUGAGAUUCAAGCUUUGAAGAGGACAGUAAAGUGUUAUUUCUUAUACCUGAUGACAAGGUUUAAAUUAUGUAGUGUGUUUUUAUCUCGGCUUUUUCAAGACUUGAGAAGAGAAAUGGAGGAACGAGCUUUGCGUAGUAGUACUUAUUUUAUUGAAUAGAUAUUGUCUAAUGAUGGAGGCUGUUAAUGUGGUCAGUGCUCACAGAGUGUACUGGUCUGAACAUUGAACUAAUAAAGCGGAAAUACUUAAAGAAUAUUUAUGUUGAUCUUUUGUAGGAAUUUUGAAUAUUUGGCAUCUAUGAUCCUCUUCGUU